UCCAUGUAUGGUGGAGACGAAUUCAACCCACUUCUCAAGGAUAAGAUGGGAUAUGAUUCUUAAAAUCUUUACAAGUCAGAAUUGCAGUCGAACCACUCAUGGGUUUGAUGUUCGAAUCUUUGUGAUGACUUUGUCUUCUUUCUCAUAAAAUGUUAGGGUUACUUGUAAUAGUAUUAUUUGUAAACUUGUUAAAAGAAAAAAUUGCAGUCUGGGUCCUUAACAAUAUCCAAAAGACUGAAUUGUUUAGAUAAACACAAUGGGUAUGUUCUAAUCAAUUUUACUUGUUUUCAGUUUUGUAAUAGAGAACAAAAUUUGUAAUUUUCCUCAUUUUGCAAGUGGGAUUUUUUUCUGGAGAGUUUAUAAAAAAAAAUAGUAAUAAUUAAAAAAAAGGUUGAGAAAUGCUGCAAAACCAACAAUGAAAUACUACUAUAUUCUCCGUCUCCCCAAAUUUUCAUUUCAAUUUUCUUGGAUCUCUCUAGGAAGCGAGCACAACCUUACCGACUGAAUCCGUUUCCAUCUUCCCGAAAUGGUAAUGUAGAAACGGAAUCACAUUCUCACUGACGUUCUUGACGCCGGAUCUAGACUCUCGAUUCUUCUCUGUAUAGUCAAUGAA